CCACAACAACUGGUCCAAUGGGGUUGUCUGAAGUGCUCGUCUCCAGUCCUGGUUCAGUUCUGGGGUUAGUCCUGGUCUUGCUCCUGGUCUACCUGAUCUACAAUAACCUGGAUUCGGACCAGGGACCCCCAGGACCCCCAGGACCCAAACCGGUUCCAAUCCUGGGGAACCUGCUGCAGAUUGACCUGAAGAAGCCCUACGAGACCCUAAUACAGCUUUCUAAAGAGUAUGGCCCUGUAUUCAUGGUGUGGAUGGGCCCUCAGAAGGUGGUGGUCUUGGCCGGGUACAAGACGAUAAAGGAGGCUCUGGUGAACCAUGCUGAGGUCUUUGGAGACAGACAUGUUGUGCCCAUCAUUAGGGACAUUAUGGUCAAGGACAAUUACGGAGUGACAUGGUCCAAUGGAGAGAAGUGGAGGGAGCUGCGGCGCUUUGCUCUGACAAACCUCAGGGACUUUGGGAUGGGCAAAAGAGUAUGUGAGGAGAAGAUCAUAGAGGAAGCCCAGUGUCUCUGCCAGGUCUUCAACAACUUCAGAAAAAAAGCGUUUGACAUGACAGAACCGGUGAACUGUGCUGUGUCCAAUAUCACCUCAUCUCUGGUCUACGGCAGUCGCUUUGAGUACAGCGACCCAGAGUUCACCACUAUAGUCAAGUACACCACCACCAACACACAACUCCUGGGCUCCCCAUCGGUGCAGAUCUAUAACUUGUUCCCGUGGCUCGGGCAUCUGGUGCCAAACAGGAAUAAAAUGUUCAAACAAAGGAAGAAGUCUGAUGAACAAAAUCAAAGGUUUUUUAAGAAACUGAGAGACACUCUGAACCCACAUAUGCCCCGAGGCUUUGUGGACGCGUUUAUGCUGCGACAGAAAAAGGAGAGUGGGGUACCUAACAGUCCAUACCAGGAGGAAAACAUGGCUAGUUCCAUUCUACAAUUGUUUGCAGCAGGAACCGAAACCACGUCAACCACUUUGAGAUGGGCCCUGCUCCUCAUGGUCAAGUACCCACACAUCCAGGACCAGGUCCGUGAGGAGAUCUUCAGGGUGAUUGGAGCUCGUGAAGUCCAGACUGAGGACAGAAAAGACCUGCCGUUCACUGACUCAGUGAUCCACGAGACUCAGAGAAUCGCCAACGUUGUCCCACUGUCGCUCCCCCAUCAAACCAGCCAAGACAUCACUUUCCAGAAUUAUUUCAUCAAGAAGGGCACUACAGUGUGGCCGCUCCUCACCUCAGUGCUCUAUGAUGAGAGUGAAUGGGAAAAGCCUCACAGUUUCUAUCCAGCUCACUUUCUCCACAAAGACGGAACAUUCAGGAAGAGAGACGCCUUCAUGCCCUUCUCUGCAGGUCGUAGGAUUUGUUUGGGAGAAGGUCUGGCUCGGAUGGAGCUGUUCAUUUUCUUUGUGACCCUGAUGCAGCGUUUCCGGUUCACUGCACCCCCUGGUGUUAACGUGGAUGAACUGGAACUGAUGUCAUGCGUCGGCUUCACUCUGAACCCUGUGCCCCACAAACUUUGUGCCAUCCCCUGUGCUUAGAGAUCAGACACACACAACCAUUUAUAAAGAUGUUUUUUUUUUUUUUUUUUAAAUGAAACUACUGCACGUCACAUCACUGUAAACCCGAGUAAGUUCAGUUAACUCAAAAAUGUUGUCAUAACCGUUUACCCAAUAAAAUCUAGUUAAUCUUUUAUCAUUUUUAAGUUCAUUUGAAUAAAGUUCAACUCACCAG